CACCAACUCGAGAACAAAAGGAAGAUGCCAUCGAUCCGCCACGAGCAUUGCGAGCGGUGUUACGUUGUCCACUGCCAGGUGCCGGCAUGGCUCUCCAUCGGCUGCGUGGUCAUCCGCUGCCCCAACGACUGUGGCGCCUUCCUGCACGCCUGCAAGGAAGAGGAGCACCGUCUCCUGUGCCCCAACGAGACAGUGGCCUGUCUUAACGCAGACUACGGCUGCCCACUGAGUAUGCUGAGGCACCGGCGGGCAAGACACCUGGAGGUCUGCCCGGCUAGCGUUGUCGGCUGCUCUCAGGAGUGGAACCGCUGGCCUGUUCCUGAUGGGGAACUGACCUUCUACAAGAACGCCUCCCAACAAAGCGAGAUUCACCUUGAUGUUGCUUUGGCCCUGAGGGAUCAAGAGCUGCUGUUUCAUUCCAUCAAGAUGAAGAGUGUUUUCCCUGAGCUGACAUUGGCAUAUCCUCAGGAUUUAGACAUCGGGAUGGCAAGGGAGGAUCCAUGUUUAGCUUCUGGUGGGUGUACACAAAAUGCAUGUACAGGAAUGAAAGAGGAAGAACUAAAUGACGCAAUAAGGGAUGAGUUAAAUGUGGAAAACCUUCAGAACUACAGCUCCUGGGAGAGAAUAUUCAAGAAAGAGAUGAACGGGUGUGAACAGACAAGCAAAAAUGUAGCAAAAAAAGCAGAGUGUGGAAAAGAAAUGGACCAGUCAAGGGAAAGUUCUUCAUCCAAGAACGAAGUGUCUGGCCUGGCACCAUGGCAGGACGGCGUCUUGGAGAGAUUGGGCAAGGAGGUCAACAUCGGUGAAUACAACAUGUACCUGGUACACAACGGAUCCAUGCUCAUUAACUUCGGACAGCUGAGCGCCUGCACCCCGAGGGAGAGGGAUUUUGUUUACGGAAGCCUGGAACCCAUCGAGGUGAAGUCUGUCCGUUCCUUCAAUGUUCCCAGCAGCUACCGAGCCAAGCGUUGCCACCUGAAAGACCCGAGUCGCAAGAUCAAGAUCGCACACCAGUGUGUGGACACGCUAGAUUUGGGCGUCUCAGCGGAGGAGAUGCCCAAGUGCGACGAUGUCGAUGCUACGUUGUUGUGCUGUCUGGAGAAAGAAUUUAAAGGGCAUCUCAUCUCCGAAACCACCGGGAUGGACGGGCUGUACGUCAACGUUGGGACACAAACGUACGACUUUGAUUCCGUGCCAUUCCCAGCCGAGGCGUCGCUUGCCGAUGUAGUCGCCGGCAAACCGCGCUGUCUUCACGUCCGCACAGAAUCCGAGUCGGUAACUAGGCGGCAUAAUAGGACGAGCUCAGCCUUCAGCUACAUAUGUGGUCUCUUCUUCCGCCGUGAUGAAUACCGCUGGCACUUCAGGAAUGUCCACACCGACAUCCAGGCUGGCCUCGGCGGAUGGUUCCUACAACGUUGCCCCUUAGCAUACCUCGGCUGCACUUUCGCCCAGACUAGGUUUCAACCAGGCGGUCAACCGGCUGUGGUCAAAUACCACCAUGUUGUCGACAAGCUAGUCAUCCAACCGGAUGUCUCCCGAGAGCUACUUGAGGAUGUCAAAACGUUACAUAGCCAGAAUCCCUUGAACCGACUGCCCUUGGAGAUUCUCCAGCACAUCGCUGGAUACCUGGACUCUUUCAGUUUGUCGCAGUUGUCACAAGUGUCGCGUCAGAUGAGGGAGGCAUGUGCCACCUUACUGCAGACCCGAGGGAUGGUGUCCCUCAAAUGGGAGAAGAAGACAUAUUCCCAUGGUGGGAGCUCGUGGAAGAGUCGAAAGAAAGUUUGGGAGUUCAGCUCGCUGUUUUGUCCUGUGGAACGAUGGCGCUUCACCGAAACUCCCUCCAUGGCAGAGCACCUCCAAACUUGUCCCUUCUACCAGAGGGAAGAGCAACGCACCCAGCCUAUAGCUUUAAGUGGUUUGAAGGAGGUCAGCAGAGAGGCGAAAUUUUAAAUGCAAUGCUGUAAAAGGUGUUACGCUGCCAUCUAACGGGGAAAAACUAGAACGUGUUUCACCAUGCGCUUUGCAUUCAUUUUUCAGUAUUAAAACACUUGUACUAUUUUUCAAUUAUUCUUUCACGUCCCUUGACGGCGAUAGACGUCCAAUCAUCCAUUAACUUGACGUGAUAGAGGAAAAACACAGGUCAAUUUAGUAUUCUGCACCUAAACAUUUGUUAAAAACAGCGGUUAGAUCUAACUCAACAAAAAUUGUGUUCCAAAGUGUAAUCAUUAUGCUCUCUAUUCUGGUUAGAUUAUCCUGAACAAAUCAUUGGCUGCAAUAGAAUAGAAUAGAAUAGAAUAGAAUAGAAUAGAAUAGAAUAGAAUAGAAUAGAAUAGAAUUUCUUAUCAAUGUACAUCGUAACAGCACUAAAGGUCCAAUGCAAUGCAUAGACAUAAUCAAAACAGAUUAUUUAAUGCCAUCCAUCCUGGUCCAUCCGCAUUUGACAUAGAGUAUUAUCACUAGUAUUGAAAUUGUAGUACUGUAAACCCUAUGGGAAAAAAAAUGUACUUUAAAAUAAUUCAGGUCUUCCUCGGGUUAAAACGUACUGGACUUGCGUGAUUUUGACUUUACGGCGCCGGAGUCUUGUCCGCCAUUUUGUCUCCGGUGAAUUUUAUUUUUGUUAUUAUGCUGACUUUUGUUUUGUGAUGUAUGCUUUUAUUUUGGCACAGGAAGCAUAGAGCAGGCAGUACUUUGAAGGAGAUAGUAACUUUUCUCGUAGGCACCGUCUGUUUGCAUUACUCAACAAUCCCUGACAAAAGUCUUGUCGCUUAUCCAUUUUGUAGAAACAAUUGCUAAUAAACCUGACUUUUAAUGCUUUAAUUGGUUUCAGAAAUGGCUCAUAUGAAAGCUAAGACUCUACCAA